GGCUGGCGGGUUCAGGUUUCCGGCUUGGACAGCCUCUCUUGUACCUUCCGCCGGCCGGCCAGGCAGGGGCGGGACCUGAGCGUUUUACUUCCGGAUCCCACAGCUUAGACACCGGAAGCCGGAUGUGAGAAGUUGGCAGCGGGAGAAGGGAAGGGCGGCAGCGGGAGAAGGGAAGGGCUACAGCGGAACUCGGACUUUCUCGGAGCGCCGGGGGUCCGAGGAACGCUCGGGGCCCGCCGUUCCCGCCCUUCUCACGUCGGACCGACUCAGCUGACAGGCCCUGACGUGUUGGAUGAGCAGGCCCCCCUGGAAGAGUCCACUGUGUGAGAUGGUGCAGCCGAGUGGCGGUCCGGCAGGGGACCAGGACAUGCUGGGUGAAGAGUCUUCUCUGGGGAAGCCAGCCAUGCUCCAUGUGCCUUCAGAGCAGGGCACCCCUGAGACCUUCCAGCGCUGUCUGGAGGAGAAUCAAGAGCUCCGAGCCAUCUCUGCAGACGCCAUUCGCCAGAGCAACCAGAUGCUGCGCGAGCGCUGUGAGGAGCUGCAGCGUUUCCAGGGCAACCAGAGGGAGGAGAAGGCCUUCCUCAUGCAGAAGUUCCAGGAGGCCCGGGACUUGGUGGUGAGGCUGAGCCUAGAGAAGCGUGAACUGCGCCAGCAGAGGGAGCAGGCCCUGAAGGAGGUGGAGCGCCUGAAGACGUGCCAGCAGCAGAUGGCUGAGGACAAGGCCUCAGUGAAAGCCCAGGUAACGUCCUUGCUGGGGGAGCUGCAGGAGAGCCAGAGUCGCUUGGAGGCUGCCACUAAGGAGCGCCAGGCUUUGGAGAGCAGGGCCCGGGUGGCCAGCGAAAAGGCCCGGCAGCUGGAGAGCGAGCGGGAGGCACUGGAACAGCGGCACAGCGUGCAGGUGGACCAGCUUGUUCUGCAGAACGAGAGCAUGGAAGCUGCCCUGCGCAUGGAACGCCAGGCCGCCUCGGAGGAGAAGCGGAAGCUGGCCCAGCUGCAGGUGGCCUAUCACCAGCUCUUCCAAGAGUAUGACAAUCACAUGAAGAGCAGCAUGGUGAGCAGUGAGCGGAACCGAGGACUGCAGCUGGAGGAUCUCAAGCAGCAGCUCCAGCAGGCUGAGGAGGCCCUGGUGGCCAAACAGGAAGUGAUCGACAAGCUGAAGGAGGAGGCGGAACAGCACAAGAUCGUGAUGGAGACUGUCCCAGUGCUAAAAGCCCAGGCGGAUAUCUACAAGGCAGACUUCCAGGCCGAGAGGCAGGCCCGGGAGAAGCUGGCUGAGAAGAAGGAAUUUCUACAAGAACAGCUGGAGCAGCUGCAGAGGGAAUACAGCAGGCUCAAGACCAGCUGUCAGGAGUCAGCCAGGAUUGAAGACAUGAGGAAGCGGCACGUUGAGGUCUCCCAGCCCCCCUUAGCCCCUGGCCCAGGAGGGCCGUUCCUCCCCGCUCCAGCCCCCGCCCCUGGCCUCUCUUCAAAUAGGAUACAAAUUGAGAAGUUGGCUUCUUGGUCCUCUGGCCAUGGGCGGCACACACCCACCAAGUCCUGAUGCAGCAUGUCCAAGAGGCCACAGCCUGACGUGUCCUCCUGGCCCCAGGGCACCGUGGACACCAGGCCCUGGCACCGCAUGUCCACCUGGUCCUGGAGCGGGGUGGCCACCCAGCCCUGGCAUGGCAUCUCCGCCAGGUCCCGGAGCGUGAGGUGCCUGCACCAGCUCUGGGGCUCCAGCCGUGGCUGCACCUGCCUCUCCCGCGCCUCCGAGGCCCUCAUGCCCUUCAAGGCCAUUUGGGUCACCAGCUCCAUCCAGACCUCCUUGGUCUUCAGCAUCUCCCGCCACACCACCUCUGCCAGCACCUGGGUCUGCAGCCUCCAUGACCACUCAUGCUGCAGGUCAGCCCACCAUGGCCACCUGGAGCGUCUGAGAGUCCGAGGCACCCAAAGGAAACCAUGCCCCUGGGCGGGUGACGUCACUAUGGGCGCCGAGAACGCCUGCGCACUCAGGCCCUGACGCCAGUCCCAGGAUGUCCCUCUUAGGGGGUUAUGAGCACGUCAGUGUUUCCCGCCAAACGUGGAAACACCAAGUGAGCCCCUUCCCCUUAGACCUCUGCUGCCAUGUUCACAUGUGACCCUCCUGCUGACUUCAGCUUCUGGAAGGGAGUUAAGCACCAGGGCCAGGCCCCGGGGAUCCCAUUGGUCUUCCACACAUAGCGCAAGUCUGCGUCCUUGUCUGUGCAUGUGGGCAUGUGCAGGUGCAUGCACGUGGGGGUGCGAGACCAGGGAUGUGGAGUGGGCUGUUCCUGCCCACCUGGGGAGGGAAGCAGGGACUACUGUUGGGCCCACUGCGGAAGGCAUGGGGCAGGGCUGCCUGGGGGUCCAGGCACACAGACUGCAGGGACUCCAGGCUGUGGGCGUGCCCUGGGCUCCUCAGAAGCACUGGAUGAGCCAGCUAGACUCAAGGGCAGAGAGAAGGGCCGUGUUGCCCUGGACACCCGCAGUCUCUUGCUCUCUGCUGGCACAACUCUCAUGGCCUUUCCCUCCCCAGGAACAGUGUUUUGAGGCUGUCUGGAGGGGUGGAGGUGCCAGGGGACCUCAACUGGGAGGUGACCUUGUAUCUGAUAGCCUGCUGGUCUACUUCUGUCUACAACGGGGGGUCAAGUCAACAGGCAAGAUACAGCCGGGGGAGACCACGGGGCUGGGGUAGCACUGCCUGGGUGUGGGGUGCAUCUGCCAGACCACUGGUGCCACGGGAGGUGACUGCAUCAGGGAUUGUACUUCAAUCCGGCCCCUGAGCCCCACCCCCUGGCCGGAGAGUCCUCUCAGCCCUCCAAAUCCAAGGCCAGCAGCCUUCCCCCACCCCUACCCCCACUGGAGGGGAAGAGGCACCAGCAGUGGCUGACCAUUUCCUGUGUGUGGGGCAUCCCUGUCCCACCUUCCUACCCUCCCAGUUUCUGUUGAUUCUGGCUCCCAGUCAGUUUUAGGGUGUGCAAAGACCUGGUCUACUGCCUGUGUCUGUGCCCUGCUCUGUGGCCAAGAGGACCCCAGUGGGGAGCCUGGACAUGUCAAUGUAUGGCAAAAACCACUAUGAUAUUGUAAUUAGCCUCCAAUUUAAAAGAUAAAUUAAUUUAAACAAAAGAAGUAAACAUUUAGGUCAGUAUUUCUAAUUCUUGGAAUAUAUUAAUACUUUAAGGAAAUAACUAUUAAUGGAAAGAUUUAUAAAUUCCACUAAAUCAUUAACCAUAGUAAUGUAAAAAGUGGAAACAAAUGCUCCAUAAUUACAUUAUUAUUAUUAUUUUUUUAAUUUAAAGACCCAAUCUUAAUUUUUUGGCCACGCCACAUGACAUGUGGGAUCUUAGUUCUGCUGCCAGGGAUUGAACCUGCAGCUCCUACACUGGAAGUGCAAGUCUUAUCCACUGGGCUGCCUGGGAAGUCCCAAUAAUUACAUUAUAAUGCAUCUUAUAUCUAUUCAAUAACACAUUUCUUUUCUUUUUUUUUUUAAAUCCAUCCUCUGACAAAGGCUUUACUGACAAUUUUCCACACAGUUAGUCAAAAAAUAAAAAAAUACAGAACACAGCAGUCAGUAUUUCAUACACUAGAAGCCGACAUGACAGGAGUCCCUUAUCAUGGUAAAAAAAAACCACAAAAAACAAAAAACAAAAAAAAACACAAAAAACAAAAAACAAACAAAAACCAACCCAAACCUAAGAACUUAGUUUUUGGUGGGGAGAUAGGACUUUGGUCCCCUACCAAAUGAAAUGGAGUAACCCAGCAGAGAAUUCAAAUCAAGGGUGUAGGAUGGGCUGGGGGUGCAGGGCAGCAGUGGUCAGAUUUUAAAAUAAUUGCUUUAGUGACAAACAGGCUGGAAAAGCCAGGCUUGGGCUAGGCUGUGUCUCUUACUAUAACUAUCACCAUGUGUUCCUCCUCUAGCUUGCCCAAUGUCCUCAGCGCUGACUGGAGGUACUGCUGUGAGAAGUCACAGGGCGGGAAGGCAUAGAGCAUGCCUGUGCUGUCUCUGCCCUUGGAUCCACCCACUGGCAGGCUGAUCACCCCUGCAGCCUGCUUCUGUUUCAAGUAGGAGACCAGGUUCCUGAGAAGCCGCCUCUGUAGGCCAGGCUCCACCGUAGGCAUCCCCUCAGAGCCAGGCCCACUGGGGGUCGCCUGGGUGGCCAGGAGCACUGCGUAGCCAUUGGGGCUCCCCUGCUUGAUGCGUCGUGGGACCUCAUCGAGCUUGGGUUGGUCCAGGCGAAGGCGCUGGGCAAUCUUCAGCUGGGUCAGCUUACUCCCAGAAGUAUGGUCUUUGAGGAGACUGCUGAUCACGCCCUGGUCCCCCUCUAGGAUGUGCAUAGAUGUCGGGAAGCAGCUGUUUUUCAACACCAGAAGUCCGUUCCAACCCAGCUGCAGCGUCUGGGCAUACUCUGAAAGAUUCUUGAGCUUUUUGGUCUCGUGUUUUGGCUCUUUCAGAGGCUUGGGCUCGGCCUCAGUCCGAUGAUUGCGCUCGCUCUCUCGGGUCUUCUUCCCGUGGGAAGAGUCGGGAGCCUUGUGGUGGUGGUGGUGGCUCUGCUCCUCCGCCCCGUGUCAGCUGCUGUUGAGGGAGUUGCUGCCGGACUCCUUGGUCCCUUCACUGGAAUGGUUUUCCUUGCGGCUACGCUCCAGGGUGCGGUCAGAGCCUCGGUCCGCAGGCUGCCCACCACCCUUGGUCCUGCUCCGUUCCUCGUAAGGGGAGUGGGUGGCCCUUCCGCGAUCACUGGAGAGGCUCCGGCGCUUCCGCCUGUCCUCCCAGGCCUUGGGCAGGCCCCGGUCCCCAUCUCCUCCCCAGCGCUCACCACUCCGGCUGCGCACUGAGUGGCUGUAGCCCUCGAGGCUGUUUCCGCGGAGGUGUGGAGGGGUCCUGUCCCGCACCCGCAGGUCGGCAUCCAGGUUCCGGUGCCGGGUAUACCCGUCGGGGAGUAGCUCAUAGUGCACAGGGAGGGGGGAGGGCUGGUACUGCUGGGGAUACCGAGUCUCCUCUGCUUUGGCAAAAUCCACGCACAGCCUGCGGUCCGGACCCCCCAAGGGAAAGCCCCUCAUUUUAGCACAGGCGGCCUGGGCUGCGUCCAAGCUCUCGUACUGGAUGUAGGCAAAGCUAUCUCCCUUGACAUGAUCAAUGGUCUGAAUGCUCCCAAAACGGUCCAACUCCUGGGCCAGAGCCGCCAGUGAGGUGUUAGGUCCCAAGCCACCCACCCAGAGACGCGUAGUGGGGUUGGCCUUGCCGUACCCUGUCUUAAUGGGAUUGUGGCCUAUCACCUGACCCGACAUGCCCACCUUGGCCCGAUGGGCCAUGUCUAGGUUCUGGAACUUGAGGAAGGCAUACGCACCGCCCUGCCCACGGGCGGGUCUCUUGAUGACCACCUCCUCAAUGAUGCCGUACUUCUCGAAAGCCUGUCACAGCUCCACCUCCGACAUGCUGUGGUCCCAAUUCCCAAUGAAGAGGUUGCGCGUGGCCCGCUGGUCGUCCUCGGGCAUCAGGUCCUCCUCGCACACGGCCGGGUAGCCGUAGGGUCGCCCGUGGUCGUUGUACAGCCCGUAGUAGUCCAUGCCCCGCUCCCGGGACAAAGGCUGCAGCAGCGUGGCGGGCGCGGGGCUCCCGCAGCGGAGGGGCGGCAACCGGGGACAGCGAAUGCUGCUUGUACUGGUAGCCGCCGUGCAGCGGGAGGUAGCCGAGCGGGUCGGCGGGCACUGGCGGGCCCGGGGGCGGAGUGGAGGCGGCGGCGCUGCUGCUGCUGCUGCUUGGCCUACUGCUCCCGCCGCCGCCGCCGCCUCGCAGGUACACGGGCUCCACCUUGAGCGGACGGUCGUAGAGCAGUAGCUGGCGGGCCAGGGCGUGCUGGCGGGCCUCACGUGAGUCCUGCGGGUGCCGGAAGUUCACGUAGGCCACGCGGCCCAGCUCAGGCGUGUGCUACAGGCGCAGGCUGAUCUCGCCGAAGCUCUUGAACUGGUGGAAGAGCCGAUCUUCGAGGUGCUCGGCAGGCAGAGCGGGGCUCAGGCUGCUAAUGAGCAGCGUCUUGUACUCGGGUGCAGCCGCUGAGGAGCCGGGACCCGUGGGCUAAGCCCCGGGCGGCGGCGGAGGUGGCGGUAGUGGAGAUGCGCGGGACGACGCGCCCGAAGCGCCUGGGUCCCCUGAGGCCUUGCCGCCGCGUCCCCCGCCGCCGGCGCCCGAGCCCGAUGAGCGGCCGCUGCUCGCACGGUGAUUCGCGUCCCCGGCGCCUCGGCCGUCGCGAUGCCCACCGCAGCUGCCCCCGCUACCGCGAGGUUUGUCGCGAGCCCGCGUUGGAACGGGGUGCUUGGCGCCACCCGAGGCCUUGUGCGCCGCCCGCCCCCUCCGCCCGCCUCCGCCUCCCGUUCGCGCUCCCGCGGCUGUUUGGCUGACGAUGACGAGCCGCGCCCGCUCGGGCUGGAGUCUCACUCGCUCUGCCUCUUCAUGGCGCCGGCGCGGCUGGCGGGUGGGCGGCCCGCAGGCCCCUCGCAGCGGCGGCGGCGGCGGCGGCCGAGGAGGCAGCGCCCCGGACGCCGCCAUCUUGGACAAUAACACAUUUCUUAAGAGAUUUAAGAAAGUGGAAAAGCUAGUAUAUUAAAUGAAAAAAGUUCAGGAAAAAAUUUAAACUUGAUAAGUUCUACAUC